AUGACAUCUCCACCCAUCAUCCCCACAGACACAACAACCACCCUCUUAAUAGCCAAAUCCAAAAAAUCCACAACAACACCCCCACCCCUCCAAAAAUCCCUCCACCGCAUCUCCCUCCACCCAACCCUAACCCCCUACCGCCGGCGCGUCUACCGCGUCCUCCUCUCCGUUCCCCCCGGCCGUUGGACCACCUACUCCGCGCUAGCAACAUAUCUCAACUCCAGCGCGCGUGCCGUCGGCAACGCGAUGCGCACGAAUCCCUUCGCGCCUGAAGUCCCCUGUCACCGUGUGCUGGCAGCGGAUGGCUCGUUGGGCGGGUAUAAGGGGGAGUGGCGGGUAAGCAAGCAUAUUGCCGGGGGAGGGUUUCAGGAGGAGAAGAUGGUGAGGUUGAGGGAGGAGGGGGUGGAGUUUGAUGAGGCGGGGAAGGCGGGAGGUGUUUGUUUUAGGGAGUUUACGGAUUUGGGGGGCGAGAAGGGGAAAGAGAAGUGA